CCUACUAUCCUAGUACCAAAUACCGAUACAAUAAAAUUUUUGAAUUACACGUCAACUUUUGACAUGUUUGCAGUUGAUUAAUAUUUUCUCUUUUCUGUAAAUAAAAUAAUUUCUCUUUUCUUUUUCCCCCAUUUGUAUCUACUCGUAUUUCACAGUUGCGCUCAACCCCCUCUCUCUCCUCCAUCGCAGCGCAGUCUGAAUUCUUCAUUGAAGCUGCUGUUGAGGACUCAGGCUUUGUAGUUGUUGAAUGAAAAGUUUUCCCAGGGUCAAGUAGGAGCAUGAAGCGAUACUAUUCAAUUCUGGAUGAAGGUGCUGUCAGAAUCUAUACUUAUGAUGGUGAUUCUGAUGCAUUUCAGCCCUUGCUUUAUCACUCUUUCAAUUUGAAGAAUUUGAAGGCUAUAGGUUGGUCUCCUCUUGGGUCUUAUUUGUUGUGUCUUGGAGAAAAAGAAUUGUGUGUCUUGCAUACUGAACCUCCUUUUCAGGAAAUUGUGUUUCCUGCGGGUGGACUGGUUGGUGCUGCUGUGUUUUCUCCAAAGGAAAAUUAUAUAUCUCUCUUGUACUGGGUGUCGGAAAACCAACCGGAUGUGAAGCUAGAAGUUUGGGAGGCAAAGACUGGAAACAUCAGAAUAAGUUUUUGUGGAAGCAGCUCUCCAGAAACUUAUUUUGCUUCAGUUAAAGAUUACCUUAAAUGGGAUUACAAUGAUAACUACUUUGCUGUCCGAGUAUCCAGCUCUGUGAUUAUCUAUGAAACCAAAACAUUUUCUCCUCUUAAACAUCUGAUGUUUAAGCAAGUACAGGAGUUUGAUUGGUCACCUUCUGCAUCAAUACUAGCAGUUUUUGGCAAUUCAUAUUUGAAAAUUGUUGAUAUAUGCAGUGGUAAGAAAUUGUAUGGUUAUUCUUGGGAGGGGGUUGAAGGUUACAAGCUUCUGUGGCAAAGUGCUGGGGAAUAUCUUGCUUGUAUAUGUAGUGGGACUAAUUACAAAAAGAUUUUUCUUAUUAGCUUGAAAUCUGGAAAGGCCGGGUUCAUUAGUCCUCGUCUUGAUUAUAUUGAUUUUGCUUGGGAAGGAAAUGGGAAGCAAUUUGCAGUUACUCGUGGAGCUAAUGAGGUGGGGCAAACCACAACAAACUUUUACACAAUACAGGAAGAUGGAAAAUAUUUGAGGCACAGGAUUAAAACACUAAAGGGUAUGAUUGCUCAUUUUCUUCAUUGGUCUCCAAAUGGUCACUAUAUGGUGAUGCAAGGACCGUUAAAUGGUUCCGGAGAAUUAUACUUUUAUGAUAUUAAAAAUCAUCAACUGUUGGCCCUUGUAUACUUCAUAGCUAUGGAUCUUAGAUGGGAUGGGAGUGGCAGGUUUUUCUUAACUCGGGCUAGUCCUAAAAAUAUUUUCGAGAGUGUUGUUCGGAUCUGGUCUUCACAUGGAGAGAAACUUAUUGAUGUUGGAUCACUUUAUUUACCAAUGUUUUGGAGCACUAAGGUGUCAUGUGAUGCUGGGAACUCGGAGAUUGAUCUAACAAAGGAAUCAUCGUCUUAUACAAGAGAUGGUGAACAUUUUGUUGAGAAGAGACCGAUAGAUGAUUCCACUUUAGCUCUUCUGGAUAAAUUAAGGAAGCUUUGAUCGUGAUCUGACAACUAUAUACAUUUGCUAGGUAAAGCUAUCAAGCAGGACAAGCUAGCUUCAGAACGACAGUAAGCUCAAGGCCAAGUCUCGAUGAUAAGAUGCUAAAGCUGAGGUGCAUUAGUAAUUUGUGUGCACUGUAGCCAUGUAGGCUUAAGGCUUGAAGAAAGAAUUGUUAAACAAAAAAAUCUCUUUAAAAUGCCUGAAAGUCUUGGUGGACUCAAUGUUAUUGACAAAUUCAUUGUUAGCAUAAAAUCGAAUUAUAUUUCUUGCACUAUUUCAUUUGGCAGAUUGAAAGGACUGCUAAAAUCGAA